AUGGGGGUCCCCACUGAAGUGGCAGCCUCAGAAAUUGAGAGAGGUAACAUCGUUAAUAUUUGCUGUACAGUAGAUAUAGACCCCUCAGUGUCCAGCUCUCCCCUGAACUGCUACCUGAAGAUGUCAGCAAAAAACAAUGGAGUUGUUGAGCAGUCACCACUCUAUGCCAAUCCUCAGCAAGGCCACUCUAUCAGCAUUACCUGUGUGUUCAGAAGCUCACAUGAAGAGAAAGGGAUCUACUUGCUCAAGACUCACAAGGAACCUGAAAGCGUGCUGUACGUUUCAAGUCAGAAUGGUUCAACUAUUUCUCCUGCUUUUGCUAAUCGCUUGGAGUAUUCAAAGGAAGAAAAGAAAAUAGUGAUCACUCUACACAACUUGUCGAAAAAGGACAGUGAUAUGUAUGUAUGUGCUGGGGUGGUGAAAAAUUCCUCUUUCCUCUUAGUGAACGGAAGUGGCACCAUGAUUCUGAUUAAAGGGGAGCAGACAGACUGCAGUAACAGUUCCUGGGUCACCUAUGCUCUUAUCAUCGUGGUAGCGCUACUGUUUUCUGCGCUGAUAUGCUGCAGCCUGUACCGUGUCGAUAUGAAGAAAUAUUUCCAGAAAAAAAAACUAAAUGCAGUAUAUGAAGAUAUGUCUUACUGUUCUAGACGUAACACCUUGGUCAGAACCAACACUUACUCCACUGACAAUUAA